AUGCCUGCCAAACGACACGCGGCCUCAACGGCCUCCGCACCGGUACCUUCUACAACCUCAACUCUUUCUUCUGGCCCUGCGACCCUGAAAACCAAUUCCUCGGUCCUCGAUAUUGCCAGCCAUGUCUGGCAGCAGUACCUCGCCAAUACUGCGCAGCGCACAUUGCUCCUCGACGCCUUCAUGGCCUUCCUAGUUCUAGUCGGCGGACUGCAGUUCGUAUACUGCGUCCUGGCAGGAAACUACCCCUUCAACGCCUUCCUGAGUGGUUUCAGCGCCGCAGUAGGCCAAUUCGUCCUCACAGCCUCCCUCCGCAUGCAGACUAGUGGCUCCGGCUCGGCGUCAUCGAAGCCUAGUUCGAAGGGGAAGAAUGCUCGUUUCGCGGAUGAGGAUACCGAGGAGGAUAGUGGUAUUUCGCACGAGCGCGCGUUUGCGGAUUAUAUCUUUGGAUCGCUCAUUCUACACUUCUUCUGCAUCAACUUCAUCAACUGA